UCUCACUCAUUCUAACACACGCAGAAGCAGCGGCAGCUUUGCUCACACAUUCCGUCGCCGGCGUCUCGUUGUGGACUCGUGGCUUUUGGUUCGCGGUUGAUCUUCUGGCCCCUGGUUCGGUGUCCUCUCCGCUGCCGUCGUUUGGUCGCCGGUCUCCCCUUCGUCUCGCCUCCGUGAUUGACAUUACAAUAUGCUCACUCCAUGUGCAAACAGUAGUAGACUGAAGCGUAAGAUGUCUGUGAAACAAACUCAAUGCAGUGAAGAGGAUGAAGAGCCAAGAGAAGGUGAUAGUAAAAUUGGAGAAGUGGACAAGGUGCUUGGUUCUCCACAGGAUCAUAAUGUUAGGUCUCGUGCCAUAUUUAUACUGGAAAACGCUUCACCCAAGAAAGGACUCGUUAGAAAGGAGUGGAAAAUCCUCAAUUCGCAUGAUGAUGCCAACCUUCUGUUGAAGCAAAACAAGAAUCUUAAUGAUUAUCGACCUGAUAUUGUUUUUGAGGCACUCCGGAGUAUUAUGGAUAGUCCACUUAAUAAAUAUGGUUUGGUGGGUUCUAUAUUCAUAAAAAUUGACGGAGGAUCCCUAUUUGAAAUCAAGCCACAUGUUCGCAUUCCUCGAACUUGCAAACGAUUUUGUGGUCUAAUAGUGGAUUUGCUUCGAAAGUCUUGUGUUCGUGCUAAAGAUACAGAUGAGGUACUUAUUCGUGUUGUUGAAGAGCCUGUGACGCGUCAUUUACCAGUCAAUUCUCAUAUUAUAGGCCUAUCUUAUAGCUCAGAAAUGUUGGUCGACAUAGAUGACUAUGUCUGUGACCUAAGUGAUGACGUGACUCCUGUUUUUGUGGUGGGUGCGAUGGUAAAUGGAAAAGUAAAAAGGGACAAUACACAUGAUUACAUUUCUGUUUCUCAUUAUCCACUUGGUGCAAAAUGCUGCGUAGGCCUUAUCUGUGAUGCAUUGGAGCAGAAGUGGAAGCUAUUCUGAAAAUUGGUCAAUCAAUCAAAUGUAUAUAUUAAAAGAAAAGGGUUUUAAGUAAAUAGUCAAAAUGCUAAUUUUACCUUAUCAUGUUAAGAGUGCUGUCGGGUCUCUUAAAUCAUUCAAGUUAUAGUUAGUUUUUUUUGGUACUGCUUACACACUAGUCAAAUACAUUCAUUAGUACCCUCGGCUGAUCUUUCUUGUAUUUUCGUUGUAAAUAAUAUCUUUAAGCGUUAAAGCCGAAAGAAAAAAGAAUUCGAUUUUUUUUUUUGCUAAAAAAUAUAAUCUUUGAACACUAAAAAUCUAAAAUAAAAAACAAAUGACUUUUCUUUCCUUA